AUGCAUGAUGGUUCCGAUGUGUCGGCUAUUGUCUUGGAUGAUGUUGCUUCUGAGGAAGUAGAAUCGACGAAUUCAAGUCAGUUUCAAAAUCCUAAAGCGAAAACGUAUAUUGUUAAAGUUGUAUUAACGAAGACAAAUUCGCCGAAUGACGGAGAUGAGGAGAAAGUCCACCAGUAUCGACAAAAAUGCGAAGAGCUGGAGGGAAACUUGGAGGUGAAGCAGAGGGAAUACGAUGAGCGGAUACGAGCGUCCGAAGUAGAGCACACCACGGACCUGGAAACUGCACUAGCUAAACUCGACAGCGAGCAAGCCCGGUGCAAUAAUUUGGUUCGUGUGAAUGCGUUGUUGAGGGACCAGUUGGAGACAUCGCAGUCGGAUAUUCAAAAGAUAACUGCGGAAUGGCAACGGACGCGAGACGAGCUCAGACGCCGAGAAGACGAUUGGCGAAAAGAAGAACAGUUGGAGACAUCGCAGUCGGAUAUUCAAAAGAUAACUGCAGAAUGGCAACGGACGCGAGACGAGCUCAGACGCCGAGAAGACGAUUGGCGAAAAGAAGAACAGCCAAUGGGCAUGUUAUUUGAGCCCGGUGAUUUAUGGGAGUGCCCGGAAAGACUGGUGUCGAAGCGCAGUGUCGACUUUCAGACCAACCACGAAGCCGCCAUUGGGGGACUGGCUCCUGCUCUGAUCAGAAGCUUUGAUCGUAAAUUCUUUCUUUCGUACAACAAGUAUUUGACGAACGAGCACAACCGAUUGUUGGUUGUGUGGCGGGAUUUGCUCACCUUCCGGCAGCAGUUUAACCAGCUGAAGCACGCGACUGAAAAAGAUUUAUCUCGCGCGAGAUUGGACGUUGGUCGAGUUGCUCAAGAAGUCAAGGCUGCGUGUUUGGGUGUCGUCGCUCGAACCCAAGUCCGACGAUCCGAAAAGGACGUUGUUCAAACCGCUGAACUCUGGCGGAAACUUGGGGACUUGCAGCGAGCUGAGUGCGAGUGGAGAAUGGAGAAGGAAACUUUGGAGCAGCAAAUCAAGGAGCAUCAGCAGCAAGCUGAUCGCUUACGAAUGCUUCUUACUGACAAAGAAACCCUCAUUCAGCGGCUCAACACAUCCAUUCAAAGCAUGGAAGAGAAUGGAAAUCAGCCAGACACUGGAUCCAAUAUGGAUUUGGCGGCUAUGCGGGAUGAAAUUCGUAUCUUGCAAAUAGCGCUUCGCGAUAUUGCGCAAAUGGUCGUAGAUGAUGCAGACAGAACCGUUCAUGAACGCUCACCCUAUGAAACGCAUCACGUUGCCCUCAGCCAACAGCCGUCGUCUUCAACCGCUGGUGCUGGAACCACUGAUGUUACCAAUACCCUGCCAGGGUCGCAUGUGGACUUCGCAGAAGAUGUUACCAUCCAUAGACCGAGAUCCAUUUUGUUGCGCAGCAGCAGUUUGCUCAGGAGUCCGAGAAGGUCAGAACUCGCCAAGACGAACCAGAUCAAGCUGGAACUGUCAGCUGAACGUGAUCGGCUCUCGAAUUCCCUCCAAACUGCACUCGAGGACCAGUCGUCGUUGGAAAAAAUUCGAGUCACUUUAAAUGCUCAAAUUGAAACCUUGAACGAAGAAAACAGCAAGCUUCAAAAGCACAACGCUGAACAGCAACAAACGAUUGACAAGUUAGAUGAAGAAAAUCAGACUAUAUCGGCCGAAAUGCAGCGUGUUCGCUAUGAUCUGGACGAAUCCACCAUGAAGCGAAAAUCGCUGGAAGAGCAAGUCAGUGGACUGAAAGAAGAACUGGUGUCGCUUCGAAAUGGUUUGGAGAAGUCAACUAUAAACCGUGAUGUUUUAGAACAAGAAAAGGUUGAUGUCGAGAACGCUCUCAUGCACUCUGAUCUCAAAAGAAAUCAAUUCGAGGUGGAAGUAACGAGGCUAAGAAACGAGCAGGCGGCAUUAAGGGACGCGUUGUUGAAAUUCCAAACCCUCAAUGAAACACUUGUUGAGGAGAAAACCUCCUUAAACGACCAAUUGCGGCAUGUUGAACAAGAAAGAAAUGCGAUUCAAGCUGAGAAGAAUGAACUUAAUCAAGAAUUACACGCGUUAAAGGAAGAGCAUUUGAUACUGGAGCAGCUCAAACUUGAGUUGGAAAGUGCUCGUCUAAGCGUUGACGAACAGAUCAACGUUCUUACAAUUGAUAAAGAAAAGUUGGAAUCCUUCAUUCAAGAAGGAAAUCGCGAGAAGCAAGACAUGCAAAUGGAAUUUACUGCCAUUCUAAAGCAGAAAAAUUCUUUCGCCGAGGAAUUAUUGCUAUCAAAACGAGAAAUCGAACGAAUAACGUCUAUCCUCGACCAAGUGAAUGUCGAAAGAGAAGAACUCUCGAAGGAAAAGUCUGAUUAUAUCGUUAGACAACAAUGCUUGGAGAAGGAAGUGCAAGCCGUGAAAGAAUCUCUGGGGAUGAUGCGCGUGGAAAAACAGGGGCUCGAAUUUUCUUUAUACGAAACGCAGUCGGCUUUAACUCAGCUUGAAGCAAGAAAAGAACAGUUGGAAGGCGAGAAUCAGACUUUGCUUUUGAAGCGCGAAGCAUUGACGACGCAGAUCAAUCAGUUACGAAAAGAUUCCGCGUUGGAAAUUGAGAAUUUGAAGCACGAACGAGAUUCCUUGAGGGAGCAGAUUGAUCAAAUUGUACGCGAAAAUGCCAAGAAAUUGAAAAAUCUCGAAAAGGAUCUUGAGGCGGAAGUCAGUCGCAAAGAGGAAGAUAAGAGCACUUCGGUGAAAAAUCUUGAAAGAAAGCUGGCGGAAAUGACCACGAAAUUGAUGAAAUCAAAAGAGCAGGCCGUUGCGGAGAAGGAAGAAAGUAUCUCGGACCUCCAACGCCAAGUUCAUUUGAUGCGUAGAGAACACGAGGAAGCCAUGGUUUUGGCCGAAAACGAUAAACAGCAAGCACUAAUGCUGGUUCAACAGGAGCAGACAAGUUUGCAGGAGAAAAUCGCCUCAUUGAACAAAGAAAUUCUGGAGUUGAGAAAUGAAAUUGACCGACUCCGAAGGGAUGGAUCCAAUCGCUCGGAACACGAUCGCUCAAAUUAUUACGUUCUUCAGGGACAAUUGACCAAAUUGAAGAACGAAUUGCGUGACUCAGCAGCUUCUCACGAACACGUUUUGGCUGAAAUAAAAUCAGAAUUGGAAGAUGUCAAACGCUUGCGGGAUAAUGCCAUGAGAGAAGUUGGUGAGUUGCGUGGAAGUUUGCACGUGGCUGAGGAACACAAGGCAAGACUUCAACGUGAGCUGAACGAGGCUCAGCGGAAGAUAAAAGAUGUUGAGGCCGCCAAAGAUCUUCAGCGUCGGGAAACUGAUGAAGUUCGACGACUGCUGAACGAAGAAACUCAUGAAAAGAAUUCUCUGUCUGAGACGAUCGGCGAUCUGAGAGGAAUGGUUAAGCGAGCGGAAAGUGAGAAGAAUGAGGUUAAACGUGAUCUCGACGAGGCGGAAAAAAGACUUGCCGUUUUGGAUGAUGCAAAAGCCGCUGCUGAAAAAGAAAUCAGGACUUUGCGUGACUCAUUGCGGGAAGCUGAACGGACGCAAAUUGAAACUACGCGUGAGGUUUCUGAUUUGAAACGCCAGAUAAAAUCAUUGGAAUCGGAACUGCAAAACCGAUCAGCAUUAUUUGAAGAGCUGGAAGCGAAGCUGAAACGUGAGGAAGAAAGGGGGGAUGAAAACCGCAGGGAAUCGUUUGCUCUUCGACAAAAGAUCAUGGAAGUCGAGACUGAGCGGGAUACAGCCAUAAAAGAAGUGGCGAAUGUGAACAAACGCUUGAACGAUGUGGAAGAUUCGAAUGAAAUGAGUCAGUCAGCUUUUCAAACUGCUCUGGAGGAAUCGACUCUCAACGUUCGGAAAUUGGAAGAGGAACGCAGAAAUCUGGAAAUUUGUCUCAACGACUCCACAUCGCAGUUGCAAGAACUCAGGGUGAAAUUGAGUGGUGCAGAAAGCCGAGUUACAGCGUUGGAUGCCCAAGUAACGCAUUUAGAAUCAGCCAAAAAAGACGUCGAAGGAAAGCUGACGGCCAUUUAUUCCUCGUUGCGUCGCGUUGCUGGAGUUCGUUUGGACGGUUCUGGCCAUUCCUGGAGACCACCAAGUCCAUUGAGACGUAAA